AUGGCCUCCUAUUUCGAUGAACACAACUGUGAGCCCACCAAUCCAGAGGAACAGUAUCGUCAAAAUGCUUUACUUGAGCUGGCCAGGUCCUUGAUGCAAGGAGUGGAUUUACUUGAUGCUGGUUUUGACUUGACAGAUUGGGAGCAGCGACUUCCUCCUCCUGCUGCUAAAGCUGCUGUUCAAACUCUACCUAUUGUUGUCAUUUCCCCAGAACAAGCAGAUAAAGGUCUAAAGUGUCCGGUUUGUUUGCUGGAGUUUGAGGAACAGGAGUCGGUUCGGGAAAUGCCUUGCAAACACCUCUUCCACGCAGGCUGCAUACUUCCCUGGUUAAAGAAGACAAACUCAUGUCCACUUUGUCGUCAUGAACUGCCGACCGACGACCCGGACUACGAGGAGUUCAAAAAAGACAAGGAGAGGAGACGACAGAGAGAGCACAGAUUGGAGGACCUUCACGGAGCCAUGUACACUUGA